UCUUGCCUGCGCUUUUCCUUCUCUAAUCAGCUGUGCGGUUUCUCCGGUGAUGGUUGCUUCCGCUGCUGCUCGGUCCAGCCGCCGCCGUCGGGGCCGCUCUCCUGGUAUUCGAGCCGUUGUUAUUGCCCGUGUCCGCCGUGCUGCUGGCCGUCUUUCUUCGCUGGAUUUUCCGUCGCCGGCAAAUGCUGGUGUGCGUGGCCAGCUGGCUGAUUCGGGAUGCCGUGUCCGGUCCGGGGCUCGCCGGCCAUUUCGUUCUUCCCGGACUGGUGUGCACCAAUUAGAUUCGCGGCGAGAUGUUAAUGUGGACGUCGAUAGUCGCCGUCGGGAGAUUUCAUUAGGGAAGCGGCCUGUGGAUUGUACCAUUGACACUUCGCCUGUCGAAGUGGUUGACGGAUCGAGUAUUUGUGUUUCUGGUUUUCCUGCUGCUGUUCAUCUUUAUGGCUCUUUGGUUGGUGCUACGACUUACCGUUGCCGUCCAAGAGUGGUGCCCUUAUGUGCCGCCGGUACCUUUGGUCAGCCUGCUUCUCUUGAGAACUCUCGUGUUGUGUGUGCUCGCCGUAAGCGGACUUUGGUGCGAUCGUACUGGUCGGGCCGGGAAAGAGGUGUUUUUUUGGUCGUUGUUCUUAUUCUUCUCCGGACGCUGAUGCAUGUGGUCUUAUGUUUUUUCUUUCUAUUUCCAGUACGUGGGAUGCAACCUCCGUUUUCUAAAGAUUACAUCCAACUGCUUAAGGCUACUUUUAGGGGGCGUUCGUAUUAUGGUGGACCGGAUUUGUGCUGCCCGGAAUGUGGGGCUUUUUUUUAUCCUGAAAUUGUCGCCGCCCUGAUAAAUAUGCUGAAUACACAUCACCGUUUGGUGGACACGUUCAGAAUUGCUCGAUAGAGUCUGCACCCCUGGUGUUUCUAAGGUGUCCAUUCGUUUUUUUGGUGAUGACGGUGGUGCUCAUGGUAUGCGUUUUUCUGGUCCUACUGCUUCUGAGGUUGCCGCGCGCAUUGUUGGUGACUUGACGCCUGAAUGUAGAAAUUUUGAUGUGGUUGCGGAAACACGUUCUGGUUCAUUGAAGCAUGUAUCUUCACUGAAUUGCAAUCUUAUGGCUUUGCAAUAUCCUAUACUAUUUCCAUAUGGUGAUAAGAGUUAUCAUCGUGGUAUUAGAUAUGUUGAUGGUAAUGAACAUUUGAUUGUUUCCCAAUGCAACUGUGUUAGCUGUGGACACUUGGAUA